AUGAUGCGCGAGGGCGCAGGCGAUCUCAAGGCGAGGCACACCUGUACCGACGGCCUCUGCUGCCUGAUCUUCCUUGCGAGCAUCCUGGGGCUCGGCGCACUCUACGGCUAUGGAGUGACGCAUGGAGAUCUCGGAAAGCUCUACCACGGCAUCGACUACCAGGGCCGCAUUUGCGGCCUCGAGGGGCCCACAGGCGUCCCCGGAAAGCCCUACCUCUUCUGGUGCAUGAACUCCGCCAUGACCGCGGCGGACGUCUCCUUGAACCUGAAAGACCCCGUCUGCGUGUCCAGCUGCCCCGGCGUCCCGAACGCGGUGGGCGGCAGCCUCUACGCGCCGGUCCCGGAGUGCAAGCUGGUGUCCGCGUCGCAGCAGAUCAACUCUUAUAAGACGAUGGUGGUCAUGAACCGCUACUGCUUUCCGGACAGCUCUGGGCUGCUCAAGAGCGCUGCAAACUCCCUGGAAUCAGGCUUGCUGGGCCAGCGUACAGAGCGUCUGCUGGAGCAACUCUCGUCAGUUCCGGCAGCAUGGCCGGUGCUGCUCAUCGCUUUCUUCGUGGCGGUCCUUUUGGGGUACGUGUACCUGGUUGCGCUGCGGCACUGCACCGUGCUCCUGAUCUGGCUGGUGAUGGCCCUUUCGAUUGCUGGCUCGGCCCUGCUCGGUUUUUACCUGUGGGCCAACGCUGGCAACCUCUCGAGGCAUCUCCCCAACGGAGUUGCCGCUCCCGAAGGAUACGGUGACAACGAGGAAGCCGUGACGAAGGUCAUGGCGGUGCUUUGUUGGGUUCUUUGUGGAAUAUGCAGCUGCAUCAGCUGCUGCUUCCGUCAAAGCAUCGAGGCGGCCGUGGACUGCAUCGAGGAGGCGUGCGAUGCAAUCCAGGAGAUGUCCUCUUUGCUCCUGGCACCCAUUUUGAAGGCGCUCUCCCGUGCAUUCGUCUUCGGCCUCCUCCUCUAUGGCUUCUUUGCGCUGCUGUCCACAGCGCAAGUUUCAAAGCCACAGGGCAGUGGGCUGGUGUACAAUGCGGUGAGCAAUCAAAUGGAAGGAGUUGCACGCCACUUCCAGUUCACUACGCAGCAGAAGUUUGCGCUCGUCGCCUACGCGUUCGUAGCGAUCUGGGUGGAGUGCUGGCUGAAUGCCUUGUUCCAGUUCAUCAUCGCCUAUGCCAUGGCGGAGUACCACUUGUCGCCUAAAGACAACGAAGGCUCCAAGGUAAUCGGCGGUGGGUGCUGCGCCCUCUUCGAUGGCUUCCAGGUCGGCGUGGUGCAGCACGGUGGAUCAUUGGCCAUGGGCUCCUUCAUUGUGACCAUCUUCUGGGCCCUACAAAUGCUGGUAGCAAUCAUGGAUGCGUCCAACAAGGAGGAGGGAAACAACAAACUCGUGGAAUGCAUGUUGAGAUGCGUCCAGUGCUGCCUGGACUGCUUCCGACAGAUCGUCGAGUUCCUGAACAAGAACGCUUACGUGGAUAUGGCCAUGAAGUCCAAGAGCUUUUGCGCAUCCGCCAGGGAGGCCGUGUCGGUGAUCGCGCAGCUGCCUGUGGCCAUGGCCGUGCUGAACGGAGCUACGCUAGUCUUCACUCUUUUUGGUGCCCUCUUCAGUGUUCUCUGCUGCGCUGCCGUGACCUUCUUCUUGACCAGCACCCCUACAUUCUCGGCUCCGGAUGCCCCGCUAUUCGUGGACCAGCCGGUGGCUGUGGCGGUAGCUGCAGGCUUCAUAGGGGGUGCCGUGUCCCUGUGUUUCAUGACCGUCUUCGACAUGGCCAGCGACGCGCUUCUGUAUUACUACGGCCUGGACUGGCUCUACGGGCGAGGAGGGGACUUCAGCAACGCCCCCGACGGGAUCAAGGAUCUGAUGCACGGCAAUCGCCACUGA